GCCGCCCCUGGGUCAAGCGGCUUCCGCGACGAGUUCCGCUUCGUCAGCGAUGAUGUAGCCGCGCUCUUCCGCGGCCAUUGCAUUCAUUGCACAGAGCACGAUCAGCACAUCGUCGGGCCGAACAACGGCGGGCUCGCAGACAUCGGCACGCCGCCCGAGAAG